AUGGCCGAGACUCUGAAGCGUAAGCAUGAGGGUGCUCAUGGGCCUCACAAAGCUCCCAAAAUGGGCGCCGGCGCCGGCGGUGGUGGUGGCGGUGGCGGUGGGAAAUUGUCCUUUGCGCAAAAAAUGAUGGCCAGGAUGGGUUAUAAAGAGGGUGGUGGCCUGGGUAAAGAGGGAGAGGGUAUUGUAAAUCCUAUUGAGGUGAAGUUGAGACCGCAAGGAGCGGGUGUUGGAGCUGUAAAGGAAAGGACGGAGCAAUAUAAGGAGGAGCAGAGGAGGGCAGCAGAACGCAGAGGCGAGGCAGUGGAAGAAGAUAGUAGUGAGGAGGAGAGACGGAAGAGGAAGGAGAGGAGGAGGAGGGGAGCUGGAGGGGGUGGUGGGGAAGGUGGUACUGGUGUUGGAGGAGCGAGGAAGCAGAAGGUCAAGUACAAGACCGUCGCGGACGUGGAGGCAGCUGCGCCUGGACUGGACGUGCCACCACAGAUGCUGCAAUCGCUGGUGGAUGCGACGGGAUCAACGACGAAGACGCUUACGGACUUUGCUGGGCUGAUGAGACCUGCCAGUACGGCGGAAGAUACGGAGGCUGAGAAGAUUCGAAAGAGAGAACGUUUGGAGCUGGAGGCGUUCUUGGAGGCGUGGCAUGGGAUUCAGGAGCAGAAAGUUUACGUGGAGCAACAUGAGGGACAGCAUGCUGUAGAGCUUGAGCAGAGCGAGGAGGAAUUGGCGAAAUUGCGAGACGUCGUUGAAGCUGUGGAAGCUCUAAGGAUUGAUGGGUCAAGUAGUAUAGAUGGCGGAGCAUGGACGAGCCUGAUUGAACGACUUCAGAGAUUACAGACCGAUCAUCGACAUGAUAUCGAGAGACAAGAAAUGGCUGGAUGGGAUCCUCUCGAGGAGCCGACCUUGCUAGUGGAGGAUCUGAAGCGUAUACACACCAUUCUCGGCAUAGCGAAUCAGGACGAAGUGGCAAAUGUCACAGGUGCAGAAGCUCUAGAUGAAGCUUACGGUCGGUCACGACGACAAAAAUCCGCCACAGCUUAUGAGAACCUGAUCUACAGCAUCUGGCUUCCAAAGCUUCGAACCGCCAUCACGAACUGGGACGUGCUAGACCAUGAGCCUCUCACGAAUCUUGUGCAAGCAUGGAGGCCACUUCUACCAGCCUUCGUUCUCAGCCACCUCAUCGACCAAAUGAUCGUGCCGAAACUGCUAGCUGGCCUCCAAGCAUGGGACCCUCGGAGACGACGACAUCACCAUACAAGCAAAACCGAUCCAAACCAGACUCUCAAGUCCGCGUACCCGCAUACGUAUAUCUUCCCCUGGCUCCCUUCCCUCCCGCCUUACCAUCUCGAUGCGAGCUCUACUUCAGGCGAAAGCUUGAUGCUGGAAGUGAAACGUCGAUUGCGACAGGUGUUCGACGGGUGGGAUGUCUCCUCUGACAAGGCUUUGACGGGAUUGACAGAAUGGCGCGAUCUACUGGGGGAGAAGGAAUUCGAUCAUUUGCUUGUGCGACAUCUUCUACCCCGACUAUCACUCCAUCUUGCGCAGAAGUUCGAGAUCGACCCUUCGGAUCAAGAUCUCACACCUUUGGAACAUGCUCUCAAGUAUCUGGACCUGUUCACUCCACCCGUCUUUGCGAGAUUGCUGGUGGCUGAGUUCUUCCCGAAGUGGUUGGCUACGCUACAUCUCUGGCUCAUGUCUCCCGAGGCGAACUUUGAAGAGGUCGGAGCUUGGUUCGUCUGGUGGAAGGAGCAGAUACCAGACAGCAUCUCGAAGCAAGCCGAUGUGAUGAAGGAGUGGGAGAAGGGCAGUAUCAUGAUCAAUGCCGCCCUCGAUCUGCUUGAGCAAGGCGAGGAUGUCUCCAAGUUACCUGCUCCGGCUGCUGGGCCAGCGAAACCCAUCACCCUGACUUCGCAGACCAAGGCUUCCCUCGGCACGGCCAAGCAGCCAGCAAGGAGUCUGACGAUGCCAGACGCUGUGGACUUCAAGUCUCUACUGGAAGACUGGUGCGCAGACGAGAAUCUCAUGAUGUUGCCACUUCGCGAAGCACAUUCUAGCACGGGCCUUCCGCUCUUCCGCAUCACCGCGAGCGUGUCGGGGAAGGGAGGUGUAGUCGUCUACCUUAAAGGCGAUGUAGUAUGGGCGCAGAGGAAGGGGCAGAGGGAGGUCUGGGAGCCUGUGGGUCUCGGAGACAAGCUGGUUGAACGGGCCGAAGGAGGCUGA